AUGCUCGGCGUCCAGGUGAAAAGCCGGGAUAACGGCAGCCUAGUCACUAUCGUGAUUGCAGAACAUGGAGCCUUCCACAUGAUAGCCAAGACCGAGAUCAAGCCCGGUCAGUGUAUUCUCACGGAUCCUGGACUUGCCAGCUUCCCCUCGGGUUUGAGACAGGCGCCGGAGUCCUCGGCACUGAUCAAAGAACGUAUUGAUGCCCUUUCCGAAAGAGAGCGUGAAGUUUUCUUCACCCUUGAGGGCAAUCCCUUGUGCGACUACGAUGAAUACUACGGACGUCCAGAAUACGCCUGCAUCUUCCCUCUGCUUUCACUGGCGUCCAACACCUGUAGCCCCAACUGCGUCACUGCGGUUCUUCCAACAAACAAGACGACGGGCAACUGCCGACGCAGAAAGGGUUGGAAGCUUGCCCUUCGCGCCUCUGAGCUGAUCAAGGAGGGUGAGGAGGUAGGAUUCUUCAAACUGGUUGGCGGCGGUAGGUACCAUACUCGGAUGGAGAAUCAUAUUGAAAGAUUCGGUUACCCCUGUCGCUGCUCUGAAUGCACGAUGCCGUCGGAGCUCCAUUAUCCCGCCGAAGACCAGCGGGCUCAGCUGAACCAGCUCUACGGCACAGCCUUUGGCCGAGACGAUGUUUCCACCCUGGCAUUGACGCAUUGCAUCGGGCACAUGGCAUAG